AUGGCCGAUUCACCAUCGUUAACGCUUUUCCAUCAUCUACGAGGCAAUCAGCUCAUUAAGCCCCCUGAAGAUGGUGAAGCGCAAACAAUUCAUCCGAACAAGGAACAACUUUCCAGGAGACAUGCUAUAGUUCCUGAUCAGCCAACGCAACAGCACCAAUCAACAUCUGAUUGCUGCUCCACGGACAAUGUUAUCAUAGUACCUCAUGUACAAAUAUCUCCCAAUGAAUCGCAUUUAUUCAAUCGAGCAAUCAGUUCUGGAGGAGGAAUGCUAGCAGACCUACAACGUGCAACCAUUGCUGCCCAAGCGUUUUAUGCAGAAAAUAGCGAAACCUCUAAAACAAGAUCCCCAUGGAUCUUGAAACGAUUGUAUGAAUGGUCGAAUAGAGCUAAACGAAGAGAAAUCAUAAAGCAUGUCCAAGCAGCCUUAGAAAGUUGUAAAGAUCAUGAGUUGGAAGACGAUGAACUUGAGAAGCUAAUGCCCGUGACCUGGGACGAAAUGUUUGAAGGGGCUCAAGAACUUUCCAUUCAAAAACAAAAAUAUUUACAAUCUGUAUGGGAAUUAUUUCAUUCUGAAUUAACAUUUUUACAUCGACAACUACUUGUACUCAGAAAUGUGUAUAAAGAGCCUCUGAAAAAAUGCCAAGUGGAAGGUUGUUUGUUGGCUGUAGAACCUGAUCUUCUUUUUGGCAAUUUGGAUCAGCUGUGUCGGAUCUCUCGAUCAUUUUGUCAAUCGUUUCUCGAGUUGCUGCCAACCGUGAAUCCAGAAAACCAUUGGGAUGGAACGGAUUUGGUUGUACAGCUGUUCGAAAGAUUUUCAAAAGGUCCUUCGACGAUAUCAGCUUAUCAAGCGUAUUGUAUAAACUACAAAGCCACUAUGGAAUACCUUGGAUCUGUGCGUCAAAAGGAAGAAAGAUUUAGCGAAUUUGAACGAAUUUGUUUAGCAGAUGAGAGAUGUUUUCGAUUACAAUUGGAAGACUUACUGAUUGCUCCAUUACAAAGAAUAACCCGUUUGCCUAUUUUACUCAAAGAAAUUCUACGGUACACCGAGAAUGAAGGGGAUAAAUCAAAAGUUGAGAAAGUGUUGGAAUCGAUGAAUGAAAGUCUAAGGUCUAUUGAUGAUAGUGUCCAAUGGCUUCAUAACUUUGAACGAUUACAACAACUCCAAACCCAAGUAGUUUGGCCUUCAAUUGCUGAUCUUGAACCUCGUUCUUUCAUACCUGAUUUCUUAAAAGUUGCUUUGUCUCGUCAAUUCUGUGAAAAUCUACUGGCUCAUCCGAGGCGGAAACUCAUUCAUGAGGGACCAUUAGAAUUAGUUGAGAACGGAAAAACAACUGAUGUUUACGCUUUCUUGUUCAACGAUAUGUUUGUCCUUUCGAAAACGAAAAAGUGUGCGUCAAAACUGAAAGUUAAAGGAAUACCGAUUGGAAAAAGUGAACAUUAUGUUGUUCAACGACAACCUGUCCCUCUAGAUUCGUGUGUGUUCUGUGAUGCUGAUAGUAACGAUUCGACUACAUCAAUUUCUUUGAAAUUUGCAUUUGUUAUUAUUCAUUUAACACGUUAUUAUCAAGUCGUCGCUAUAUACACGCUGCAAGCUUCUGAUAAACACGACAAGGAACUCUGGAUUGAAAAGUUUCAAGAGUCUAUUGAGAACUACGAAUCAAUACAAUUGAAAGAUAUGCUUAAAUGCACGCCACUCUUCUCCAGUCUAAGUUUGAGAAGAUGUUCGUCAUCAAGGCUUAUGACGAAAGAGGACAAAGACACUUGCUUUGAUCGACCUCAUUAA